AUGCCAAACACUCCCCCUGCCACCGCCUUGUGGAACAAGAAGAAAAAACCCGGCCUCAAUAACACCCCUCAGGAAUUGUCACAAGACUAUUUUUCCCUUCCUGUCCUGAGAACCGCUAGUAAUAACAGUUCUCUCGCCAACCUCCAAUCUCCUCCAUCUCCUUCAAGAUUAUCUCCAAAUAUCGCCGGUCGUCCCCAAUACCGCAGGUCCAAAUCUUCUCAAAGCAUCUUGAAAAAUACCGGAGGUAGUCCAACCAUUCCUGAAGGUAACCCAGUCUCCCAUGCCACUACCCCAUCUUUACCGACUUUCAAAUCCAUUGGCAAUCAUAUGGCCACUUCCAACGUCACAUCUUCUGAAAAUCUCCAUUUAUCAAACUUGUCAGAUGAUAAGCGCAGAAAACGUGCCAAUUCCGUCGAAAGAGACGCCAAUUUGAUGAUCUCUCAAAAUAUCGUCAAUCCCGAAUAUGGAGAAAUCCCCGAAUCCGAUGGCGAAUCUGAAAAAUCCAUCACCAGUAAUAAUAAUGAAAAAUCUCCUAAUAAUGGUAAAACCAUAAAAAUUAACGACCCAAAACAACCUACUACCACUACUUCAUCACCAAGCAAAAAGAAAGCCGUGAUAUUUUACGAUUCUGAUGAUGAUUCCGAUUCUUCAACUUCUAAUAAAAAGGACAAGGAAAAGAUCACCGACGAUGAAGACCAGGACGAAAUAGCCGCCCAGCAAAAACAUAACAAUGCCGAUGUCACUUCCAUCGCUUCUGAUUCCCAUGCUGGUAAUUUCUUAAUGAGAAUCCUCAAUUUCAAACAAGGUCUCAAGAAAAAAGAUGACGAAUCCAUUAUUGAAAAUCAGGGAGAAAAACCCAAUGCAUUGAACUUUUUGCAUCCUAAUAAUAUCAAUGAUAAUAACUCGUUUGAAUUGAAUUUAUUUUCUGAACACCACCCAAGGCGUUACUUACAUCGUCGUGGUCUGAACAACAGCGAUGGCGACAUCGCCGACCAAGAAGACGAGGAUAACGAAGAAGAGGCCGCCCGCGUUCAAGAAGAAGUCAACAAAAUCAUGGGAGCUCACGAAUCAUCAAGACUUGGCAAAAUAUUACAUCGCCGCAAGAAAUCCCUGGUGAGCAAUGGGUCAUCAGGUAACGCUAAUAAAAACACCCCAUUAUCAAUUUCUAGAUCGUCCAGUAAAACCUCUCUCAGUGAUCUUUUCUACGCCCACAAUAACCAAGACCCCCUUGAAGGUACCCCUGACAAUAUGUUGAAAGAUACCCUUGAUGAUGAUGAAUAUAUUCCCCCACCAAACCGUGUUCAAGAAGGGAUUUUGAGUACCCUUAUGAAAUUGUACACUUUACCUCAAGAGUACGCUGAAAGCUCGGUGACCAUGAACGAUAGACUGUCUUUUAUUAGUGGCUCCACCGCCUUUGAGAAGGAUAACAAACCCCGCGCGUCAAAGAGUGGUAUGGCUUCUCCAUCAGUGGGCACUUCUGCUUCGUCUUUUGAUAUGCCAUCCUUCAAGCCAAGCAUGACCAAAGAAAAAAAGGCUAAUCUUUCUCGUAGUAAAGGGAAAUUGAAGGCAAAAAUCACGGUACAUUUAGCUUCGCUUUUCCAAAAACGUAACUUCAUCAUCAAGAUGUGUACUGCCUUGAUGACCUUUGGUGCCCCAACUUACAGAUUAGAAGAAUAUAUGGUGAUGACAUCCCGAGUCCUCGAAAUCGAUAGUUAUUUCAUUUAUUUCCCUGGUUGUAUGAUCAUGGCAUUCAAUGAUCCGACCACAAAAACUACCGAAAUGCAAUUGGUGCGGACCAAAGAAGGGGUCAACUUAUCGAAGUUACAUGAUACUCAUCAAAUUUAUAAAGCCGUGAUCCAUGAUCUUCUUGGGGUUGAAGAGGCCACCAAGAAACUAGAUGCGUUAUGUGAAUACCCUGACUUGUAUCCAGGUUGGGUUCGUGUUUUAGUUUAUGGACUUGGUUCAGCAAUGGUUUGUCCAUUUGCCUUCAAUGGUAAUUGGGUAGAUAUGCCAAUUUGCUUUUUGAUCGGUUGUUGUGUAGCGGUAUUGCAAGUUUACGUGGCACCACGUAGUUCUCUGUACACCAACGUCUUUGAAGUGGCAGCUUCUAUUGUUGUUAGUUUCCUCGGAAGAGCCCUUGGAUCGAUCAAUGGUGGUAAACUUUUCUGUUUUUCUGCGUUGGUCCAAGGUUCUUUGGCGUUGAUUUUGCCUGGUUUCAUCAUUCUUACCGGAUCAUUGGAAUUACAAUCCCGUAGCAUUGUCAAUGGAUCGGUGCGAAUGUUUUAUGCCAUUAUUUAUUCGCUUUUCCUUUCCUUUGGUAUCACCAUUGGUGCGGCGCUUUAUGGAUGGAUUGAUAAAGAGGCCACUUCUAACCAAACUUGCGUUUACAAGCCCUCUUUGUCCCCAUAUUACCGUUUCCUCUUUGUCCCAGUUUUCAGCAUCUCUUUAGCGCUUUUGAACCAGGCCAGUUGGAAGCAAUUGCCAGUUAUGGUGGGUAUUGCCUGUGCUGGGUACGUCGUCAGUUACUUCUGUUCUUUGCAUUUCAGUAGCUCUUCGGAAUUCACCAGUGCCAUUGCCGCUAUGGUCAUUGGGGUAUUAGGUAAUUUGUAUUCUCGUAUUUAUCGUGGAUUGGCCAUCAGUGCAAUGUUGCCAGCGAUUUUUGUGCAAGUUCCUAGUGGUAUUGCCAGUCAAAGUUCAUUAUUGGCAGGUAUUAGCAGCGCCAACGAAAUUGUCAGUAGUUUGAACGGUACCUCUACCUCCGCCACCACCACUAGUGACAGUUCGGAUAAUAGUUUAUCCUUUGGUUUCUCAAUGAUUCAAGUGGCCAUUGGGAUUUCUGUUGGGUUGUUUGCGGCAUCAAUCUUGGUGUAUCCGGUUGGUAAAAAGAGUACUGCGUUAUUCACAUUAUAA